AUAAAAUACAAGUCGCCGAUGAAUUCAAACCUCACACACUCCCAUCCUCGUUCAAUAUGUCGUCUACAUUGUUGCGAUUCUCGAAAAUAGAAACUAAACCCUAUAACGUUCAAGUUGUCCAAUUCUGGCGAGGCGAGGAAGAGCCCCGACGGCCCUAUCCACUUCACUGGGCUAUCUACGUCGAAACCAGUCCUGGCAUCGGAAACACGUAUCAGAUCGCAGGAGACUCCAAAAACUAUGCCAUCGAUAUCAGACUCGACCAACCUCUCGAAAACCCAGAGGACUUGCGUGGAAGUUGUAUAGUCGGAAGCGUGAGCAGGACGGAGCUCGACGCCAUGGAGACACUCCUUACAAGAGUUGUCAUCGUCCGCGAUCUUCCCUGCUGGAAUAGCCAUAAUUGGGUGGAGGACACGCUCGGUUAUCUCAGGCGCUGCUGUUUUUUCAGCAUCGUCAGGGAAACAGAGCUGUCCGGUCUUCAAGACAACAUGUGUUGGCUGCUAGAGGAUUGGCCUGGGAUUAAUGAUGCAGUAGAAUUUGUCGGCGACACAGAUCUCGCGUGCGUCCAGAACAACCGACGUUUUCGGGACUCGCACCAAACCUUCUGGAGGUUGCAUGAAACUUGGUGUUUGAAGUGCGCAGAGUCCGAAAGAGACAACGAUGAGGAGAGCGAUUGUGAAGAAAAUCUGUCUGAUUUGUUCAAUCUAUAGAUGGGCUGCACAUUUUCAAGUUGAACUUGUAAUUCUGGACUACCAUCAGCGUUGUGUCCCGAAUGGUAGAAGUAGCAUAACCUUUGAGUACUGGGUUUGUAUAUAGCUGGCUUGCAUCGUGUUGUCCAGAUGGCUUUGUAGUGAAAAUGUCGAGGGGUGUAGGUACAUAUAACGCCCCGUGGUUACUUGCUUGAAUUGCACUCAAAUACACGCUUCAUAUUCAAAGUCUGGCAUCGACUUUCGGCAAUUGCCGAAGUGACACUGCUUUUGUCAAAGCGCUGGGUUUAUUGUUGCCCGAGAACAGACAGAGACCCCGUAUCUUUC